AUGGACAAGACCACUAGAGCUAUCAACAAGAAGAAGAAAUUCGUUGCCGAUGGUGUUUUCAACGCUGAAUUACACUCUUUCUUCUCCAAGUCUCUCCAAGAUGCUGGUUAUGCUGGUAUUGAAGUCAGAAGAACUCCCACCAAGACCGAAAUCAGAAUUAAGGCCACCAAGCCCUAAUAAGUUAUCGGUGUUGAAGGUAAGAAGCACAAGGAACUUACCCAAUUCCUCCAAAAGAGAUUCGGUUACUCUGAUGACUAAAUCCAAAUCUGGGCUGAACCCAUCAAGUUCAAGGGUUUAUGCGCCUCUGCUUAAGUCGAAGCCAUGAACUACAAGUUAUUGAAGGACGUCCCCGUCAGAUUGGCUGCUAACUACAUCAUCAAGUCCGUCAUCCAAGAUGGUGCUAAGGGUUGUGAAAUCAUUAUCUCUGGUAAAUUAAAAUAACAAAGAGCUAAGACCAUGAAGUUCAAGCAAGGUUAUAUGAUCUGUACCGGUCAACCCAAGAACGACUACAUCGAUGUUGCCGUCAGACACGUCUUCUUCAAGCAAGGUAUUAUGGGUGUUAAGGUAAAGAUUAUGUUACCCUACGAACCUAACCCAGCUAAGAAGUUCGGUGUUAAGACUCCUAUCCCCGAUAACGUUAUUAUCCACCCCCCCAAAUAAAUUACCGACGAUAAGGAAAUCAGAACCGCUGUUGAAUAAUAACAACCUGCUCAACCUGAACAACAAUAAUGA